UAUCGUUAUUUUACUGCAGUUUUGUUUUGAAGCACCUUUUCAUUAGUUAUCCGGAAAAUCUUCCCACUUCCAUACCGUUCUCCUAAUUGCACUUCUACUACUGUGGAGAGAGAGAGAGAGAGAGAGAGAGAGAGAGAGAGAGAGAGAGAGAGAGAGAGAGAGAGAGAGAGAGAGAGAGAGAGAGAGAGAGAGAGAAUUUGCUUGGUACACAGGGCUUUCGUUGGUAUAACCGACCGAAAGUAACAAUAACUUAUAUUGGUCUUAUGCUAGGAAUAUUAGUUAAUAUUUUCCUAUUUAAAAAUAACAGUGCCUUGAUCUUCCCUGCCUUGUCUUAGCACGCAAUUCUUGAAAAUCAUUACGUUUAGAAGUCUAGUAUUAGUAUUUAUUGUGUAAUAUAUCGUACCAUUAUCAGGACUGGAGAAGAGAACUAAGGCGGAAGGUUGUGACCUGUGUGUGGGUGAUGCGAUCAGCAGUGCGCCUUCAAACAUUACUGUUCACUUGCUAGUAACUAAUAGGAGAACGUUAAAUAUUAGAACACUGCCAAGCAUCUGUCUUAUACAUGAGAUGUAUUGAAAAUAAAUAACGUAGAAUCCUUGACUGAAAAUCAGAAAAAAAAAUAAAAUAAAUAAUAAUGCGUGAGAUGUGUUUAUGUGAAUGGCACCGCCUAAAUUUUAUGGUUUGAAAUUUAACAAAGGUACGAAUUUUCAGUACACAUUGCUGAUAUUAACCGUUUCAUCCAUAAAAAAAAUAAUAAUAAUUACCUAAUCAUAUAUUUAGUAUGCACCUUUUAUUAAACAUGAAAGAAGAAGGAAAAAAAAUGUGUUCGGAUCACUGAGCUCACAAGUUCGUACAGAGAUCAGUGUUCGGAUGUUCUCGUCUUUUUCUUAUUAAUUGUACAGAUUUAGUUUUCGUCUAUUUAUUUCUUUGUAAUUUGCAGGUCAGCACUGAGAGUCAAGAAUGGGGCUAUUAUUGUGUCCGGUAGUUUGCUGCUCGCUUCUCUUCAUCGCGUCAUUAGUGAUGGGUGAUAAUGCCGUGAUGAGUGGAGGGAUGCAAACUGGCGCACAAGCCAAACUUCUUUGUGAUCAAGAUGGGGCCGCUCCGGCUUGUGGGAGGGGGAAGCACUUGUUGAAUGGAAGGGUGGUGACCUUGCUAACAUGGAAGAACGCCAUCUCUUUCAAUGACAACUGGGCAGCUCUGGAUACCAAGCCGGAAGGGCAGCCGGUAGCAGUGAGGGUGUCCCAGGUGAAGGGCGACUUUAUCCUGACUUCCAACGCUAACCUCGUGGUGGUCUCCCUCCAGCUGACGAACCUCACUCGUUUCACGAUCACGAACCACACUCAGGAUCUUUCAUUACUGGAAGAGUUGAUUGUGAGUGACAGUCCAGAAUUUGAUGCCUCUUCCCUUCAGCAGUUAGGAAAACUGCCCUCUUUGGUUACACUGCAGAUGGCGGGUACCGCGCUGGCAACUCUAAGUAACAGGAAACUGAAGCAAGUGUUGGAGGAGAUGCCAGCUCUUCAGUACCUUGACAUUUCCUUCAGCAAACUCCAUCACCUGGAGCCAAGCACCUUCCAGGAGAACUCUAAGCUGCAGACACUAAAUGUUGCUGGGAACGAGCUCAUAAGUCUUUCAUUAGAUGGAGGUCUCCUUCAGCACCUGGUGCACUUGAACAUAUCACACUGUUCUAUGGAGCAGUUACGAAUUGAGAAUGUGCCUGAAGAGACGAUGCAGACCAACCUCAGUCUUGUUGAUCUCUCCCACAACUACCUAACCAGCCUCCCUGCCUCCUUUAUGAACAUCAUAUCUGAUAGUCAUGUUCGUUUGAACAUUUCAGAAAAUCUGUGGAACAAGUCCUUCACACUGUGCUCCCUCUACCAUUUGUGGAGCUAUGCUACCAAGCAUCCAGAUAUGAUCCAAGGGGCUCAGAACCUUAGCAGUUGCUUUCGUCCUGAUGAAGCCUUGAAGAAAUGUGGCUGGGAGGAAUGUCCAGCCACCUGCUCAUGUGAUCCGAGAACUAAAACAGUUAACUGUUCCUCCUCAGACCUGAAGACUGUUCCUUACCUUGGGCCCUCUGAUGCUGAGAUCCUCCUUCUGAAAAACAACACUUUGCUUAACAUGAGUGGUAUAGAAUCUCCAGUGUGGUGCAAACUUAGGACAGUCAUUGCAGAUGGCAACAAAAUAUCAUCAAUCAUGCCACCAGACACCAUGGGCCACUGCAUCUGUUCUGAUCAUGAUGAUUUUGAUGAUGAAGAAGGGAACUGCCUUCCCCAAUCACUGAAGAAACUUUCACUGAUACAUAACAAAAUCACAAACUUCUCCAACAGUGACUGCAAACUACUAUAUUCAUUACAAGAACUGCACCUGUCUGAUAAUAAAGUGGAGCAUCUCAGAAGCCAUGUGUGCAGCUCCUUGGAGCAUCUGGAAGUCCUCCUUCUUGAUAACAAUGCUAUUAGUGACCUGAAGGAGCAAGAUGUUGCUCCUUACCCCAACCUCAGGGAGCUAGAUCUCUCCUUUAACAAGAUGGUCAUCUUACCUUAUCGCAUCUUUGAAUUUGUGCCCAGACUGACAGGGCUUAAUGUGAGCAACAACAAUCUCAUGAAUAUCAGUACAGAGACCAGCUUUCCAGAAACUCCCUUUACCUACAAGGUGACAAAUUUUCCAAACAAACUUGACCUCAGCAACAACAAAUUUGAAAAGAUUGACUCUGUGCUUGGUUUUAAAUACAUUCCAAAACUGAAGGAGCUUCUCGUGGACAACAACCCUUGGAAAUGCCAUUGUGAAAUUGUGAAUAGAGUCAUGGCACAGGUGUUUCAGAAGUUACGGCAUACAGCAAUGGUGAAUGCAGUGGAAAGCGCCAUCUGUCAAGAACCUUCUGAUAUGAAGGGUAUAAAGAUGAAUGACCGCCAAAUUUCAGAAGUAUGCAGCAAAAACUGUACCAAGAAGGAUUCACCAUCAAACUCUGAGCUCCUUGCAACUAUUGUGGCCAUCCUAAUUAUUGUCAUCCUGCUUGGACUGGUUAUCCAAAUUACAUUUCAGAAGAUCAGGCAAAAAACAUUUGGCAUAUUGUGGUUGCCUCCUGCCAGAAAUGAUGCUACUCACAGGAGGAACUACAGUGUGUGCAUUGUCCAUGCUUGGCAAGAUAAUGAAAUGGUGAAAGCAGACUUGGUGGACCCACUCAAAAAUCUUGGCUACUCAGUUUUAUGGAAUGACAGUGCCUACCCUCCAGGGGAUAAUGUUUCUGCAAGCAUUGAGAGAGCAGUCACCAAUUCCAGAAGAAUGCUUGUUGUUGCUUCUAAUAACUUAAUGAUAUAUGAAAAUGCGAAGAGAAUAAUUGAGAGAGGUCUGGAUGAGGAGCGCUCUGUCCCUGGAUUCAAGGUUGUGGCCCUUGUGAUGGAUGACCUUCCUCAGCGGCUGUACUCUGUUUUGUAUGAAAUUGUUGUGAAGCGGACACAUAUAACAAAGAUGAACAGCAAUUACAUCAGGGCAAUUUGUAACAUCCUUCCAGCCCCAGGGGCCAUGCAGAACAUCAUCACCUUCACAGAGACAGAUCUUUAUUGUUUUCUGUUGCAACAGUGGGAGAAAGCUAAGAAAAGAAAGCAUCAGCGAGCCCAGCUGCAGGACAUCUUCCCUGUACAGAACUCAGAUCCCUGUGCUGGCAAUGCAAGGUCUUCAAAUACAUCUUUCUGUGAAAGUGGUAUUGCAGUGGCUUCUAUUGCGGAUGACUUCUGGGAAGCAGUGUGCUCAAGGUCCCAAAGAAAAUGUUCAUCAGUAACAGCAACAGAGGAGCAGCUCCAAGCAUGUUCCAAUCACUACACACUGCAGAUAAGCUGUGAAGAUGAGGAAGUUAUCCAGGUAGAAGGCUUCAGUCAAGUAAACAGUGAGGGACACUGCACACAUUUGUAGGUGAUGUGGUGAUGGCAAAGCUUCUGCUGCAUAGUUGUUGCAGUUUGAAAGUGGAUCUUCGAAGAAUGGAUCACUGUCUUGUAACAAAUUUUGUAGGUUACUAUGUGUGUUUUCAUAUUUGUGUUUGAAUCCCUUAAAAAAAAAGGGGGAGAGAGAGAGAGAGAGAGAGAGAGAGAGAGAGAGAGAGAGAGAGAGAGAGAGAGA